AGAAUAUCUCCAAGCUACUUGGUAUGCUUACAACAACAACGCUGUUAGUUUUGUUACCGACACCACAUAUCUGGAUUGGAACACGAGUUUUCUCUCACUAUCAAUUUGCGAACAAGAAUCGCCGGACAAGUUAUAUGACUUGGCUUCCAAAUUAACUAGUGAAGAGCAAGAUAACGAAGGUGUUAAAUAUGGAUCAAAAGUAAUUAUCGCAUUAGAUAGACUACCAAAUGAGAGACUUAAAAGAAAUGUAGUAAGAUCUCGUAUGGAUCUCAUUGUAUCAAUCGGAGGAACUUUAGGUCUAUUUCUUGGAGUGAGCCUGUUAAGUAUUGUUGAAAUAGUAUACUUCUUCGGUGUUUGGACACACAAAAAACCACAUAAAAUCACUAAUAACGUCAAUAACAAAAAAAAAGUUCAUCGACCAAUUCAARACAUUAAUAAUUUAUCAUUUUUACAGUGA